UAAGAAUUAGUUUUCCAGUAGUGGCAAAACUGAAGUAAACAACAACUCACCGAAUGUUGGCUAAAGCGUUUCAUUGUCUUCGCCUGUUAUCUCAAAAGCGGCCUUGUGCUACUGUGUUGGGGAAUGACAAGUCGUGAGAAGCAUCUGGUGGUGAUGUGCUAGGAAGAACAUUACUCGGAAACAAGUAGAUGUUCUCGUGAAGCUUGUGUUUAUAUUUUGUAGCGUCUUAGUUACGUGAGAUGACAACUCAGAAACGAUGUCAUAUUCGCUACAGCUGUGUGUGUUACGGACAAGUAAUUUUAGUUUCUCACCAGGUUGAAUGUGAGGACUAUAGGCCUAUAAUACACUCCGUAUUAGAAUCGCUGUGUGAUGCGGGAUCUGAUAAACUGACGUACCCCGUAGACAGCUUUCAAGUUCAUGUUUUGAUCGACGAAGAUUUUUGUUUCGCCUGUGUUACGAAGAGAACGAAUGAACACUACAUUCCUUUCAAAUUCCUGGAUACAGUGAAGGACAGAUUUUCUGGAAUAUCGAGCCUCAUUUCCAGAUCAUUAAGGGCAACGGAAAAUGAAUUUGAACGUGAUUUUGCUCCCGUACUUGCAUCUGUGAUGUAUGAUUUCAACAUAGGACAGGGGGACAAGUUACAGGAACUGCAGUCUCAAGUGGAGGAUGUAAAACAAGUAAUGCUUGAAAAUGUGCAGAAAGUCUUAGACCGUGGAGAGAGGCUGGAUGACCUGCUCAGCAAAACUGAAGAUCUGGAAGCUGGGGGCAACACAUUUCGUCAGAGGACAAUGCAACUGUACAAAAAAGCAAGAUGUAGAAAUUUGAAGAUGUGGAUAAUAAUUGGUAGUUUUCUUAGUGUGGUACUGACAUUGGCCGUGCUUAUAUCCCUAGGAAUCUUGCAUUUAUGAUUCACUGAGAUGAAAGACAAUUGGAAGACAUUGUUUCUGACUACAAGAGAAGGCUGUGGUACACAUUGUUUAUAUAGUGAUGAACAUAAACCAAAGAAUUUGACAAAAUGUAAAUAUGUCGUAUGUGAAGUACUCGUGUAAAUCUGUUGCUUUUCUACAAGGAUGUUGAAGCUUUAAUGAUUAAAUUCUUUUAAAUAUUCCCUUAUUUCACAAUAAGAUCAGAUAUUAAGGACUAAUGCCACAAAUUAAUUUCAGAAAUAGGUGCAGCUUCAUAAUGAAUAUUAUACUUUAUAACAGUAUGUACACUGUUAUGAAACAUUGUAUAGUAUUGUAUUGGCUGUUUUUAGUUGUAAUGUGAGCUGGACAGUUCACUUGGUAAGAGCACUGCAAGCCAGGUUCUAGUCCUGUUCCAUGAAACAGUUUGAAUCUGCCAGAAAUGUAGUUUUUUGCGCAUUUUUAGGUUUUUCAUAAUGUAUGUGCAGAAUUUUACAGUGUGACUGAGCUUUGUUUACUGUCCAAUAUUGUUGUCAUUAGGGCAUUAAUUACACAGCCUUAAAGUAUACCAUACCAUAGUAUUCUUGAAUAUUCAGAUAUUCUCCAACUGGCAUUUACUUGAAGCAUUGGCACCAGUUGAUAUUGCUGGUGAUUGAAGACUGUGUGUUACUUUUCAUCCUUAAAUCCCAUCUUAAAUUAUUGCUUAAUGUAUGAUUUUAAUUUAUUUUGUUUGAUUUCACCUAUACUGCUCAACUCACACAGUGUUUGUUCUCUAUCUAUGAAGUGAAAUGUCUAUAUUUUUCUAACACUUUGAUGUUUUUAUGAAAUGUACUUUAUCUUGGUUUUAAUUGCUCAAUGAUAAUAUGAGUAUCAAUGCCACAUUUAGUAUUUUUCUCUCUUCUGUGCAUGUUACUCCUUUCUAAUCAGAUUGCAUUUUCCCUGCAUUUCUACUCAUAAGUUUAUUUCCUUCAGGUUUUUCCUCCUCCCCCUCUUCCUCUUCCUCCCCACAGUUCUGUAGAAAUUUGUGCACAUUGUGAUUAUUCAGUAUUUUACUGACAGUGGAUUUUUAUUUGCAUUAAACAUUAAUUGAAAUAAAUUGUAAUAGAACUAUGUCAAGUUUAUACUUCCAGGGGGUGAAGUGUUAAUUAAUGCUGAUAAACACACACAACAAUACACAAACUACCCUAGCUUUCCUUCUUUGGAGAGGGAGCAGAAAGAGCCACUCAGACCCCAGGACGAUAGAUGUUAUAUGCCAGUGGUGCUCAUAGUUCAUAUUCCAUUGAACAUCUUGUGGCAUCCAGAACAUUCUCCACAAAGUCACUAUCCUACGUUACAUACCAUGUCUUCCAUCAUAGCUGUUCACUUUGACACCAUUAUCUUACUACUGAAAUUGUGCCAACUCCCCCGAAGUGUUUAUGUCAAUAAUAGUAUCUGAAGUAUGUUGCAACCAUUAGUUUAUUCUAGAAUACUCAAUAAAUACCCACAGCCCCUUGGCGGUGAAUUAAGUAACGUGUUACCUCCACAUACACAGAAGACAUAGGUACUAACUAAUGCUUGCCAUAUUUUAGAUAUAUGAAUAUGUGGCAUAUACAUGACAGAUCCACCGUAGUGGACAAAUGAUUAUCUGCCUCAUUAAAAAUAGGACUGCAAAGGCAUGGGUUCAGGCCCCACUGGCGGAGCCUUUGUGAAGGUGAGAGGGAGAGAUUCUUUUUAAUCAUUACAGGUGUAAAGACAAAUUUUAGCUUGGAAGAUUGUCAAUUAAGUAUAUCUUGACAGUACAUAACAUUUAUUGAUGAGAAGUGGCUCUUGAGCUGAGGAGGCAUCCAACAAAACUUUCUUGCCUCUAGAGCAGGAGAGAAAUGCAGGGUUGCCAGUUUCUGGACUGCAACUACAAAAUAGAAUCGGGUGUCACUUUGAUGACUAUUUAUAACUCAGAUCGUACAGCACCUAACUCAAAUACUUAGUCCGUAACCAGUCAAGUUACAUCUCUGAAGCCUCUGGAUGGUUCCUGAAGUCAUUCACAGCUUGUGGCUGCUUGAAAAGUAUCUUCUGUCUCCGUUCAUUAACGUUCCUUGAACUGUUGGCUCUACUUUCAAGCCCUACAUCUUGUUUCAAGGGAUAUCACUGAUCGAACAGUAUCAUUAUUAGCACGUGGUUAGACUUACACAGCUAGUUUAGUGAUAUUGUAUCAACUGCUUCCCUUUGAUAUUAAUUGAGCUUCUGACAUGAUGUCUUCUAAAAGGUUACUUAUGCUAAUAUUCUCUGACACUUCUGCUGGUUAUUCUAUAUACCUCUUACACAAAAUAAAAAAGAUAUGGUGAAUAUACAAGUGUAAAUAUACAAACUAUACAUAACAGAGCGACCUCUGCCUGUUAUCUCACAACAGAUUAGUAUCUGUCCCCUUGGGGUCUGUGUGAGUUACUAUUUCUUUUUAACCUCUUCCAACUUUCUCCUAUCUCCUCCUCAAGGAACAUGCUGAUAGUUCUGAAAGCAAGAAUACUGUGUGUACUUUUAUACAAGUAUGUCAACAUUAUUUAAUUUUUUUGCUUCCUGGUCAGCAGUUUUACUUCAGAAAAACUUUUAAUUUUCUCAGCUGGAAUUUCCUUGUGAUAAAAUUAAUCUUUAAUGUAUGAUUCCAAUUUUCCAAUUGAAUAUAUUCCUCACUGUUUGUUCCUGUGCAAGAUAUUUUAAUAUCAGUUUUAUAAGCAAACAUUCCAUUUGUGAAACAAAGGUGACAUAUAUUGCUUGUAGCUUAUGUAAUGUGUUUUAAUAUUAUUCUUGCAUGUGUACAUGGCUAAGUGGGGGUGCAAUAUCCAAUGAAUCUGAAAAGGUUUCGUGAUUUCAUGUUUUAUUUCUGAAUUUUACAUAGUAUUUAUUGCCUGUUGAAAAACAGGACUGGAAUACAGAAAGUUACAUUUGAAAUCAUUCUAACAGCCAUGAAGGCACUUCACUGGGAUAAAACUACAAAAUGGAAAACAAAUUAAGUUUUGGACAUUUUUAAAUAAAGAGUAAUUUUUAUGUAAUUUUAAAGUGAAGAAUAAAACUACAGGCCAUUUUAGCCUUUGUAGUUUGAGACUGAUUUAGAAUGAUGAAUUUCUUUAUAAAUUGCUCAUGCUUUCUGAAUGUUCACCUUUUUUUACAUACGCAUUAAACUAUGCUAUGUGGUAAAAUGUCAAAGUGGGACACAGUUACUCAGACUAAGCAUCCUAAUUUUUUAAACUCUUGCAGUUAAUUUACUGCAAAAUCAUACUAUGCUGUGUGACUGGAUAAGUGUUACUUUCUGAAAAUGUUUCUAAGGGAAAAAUAAACUUGUAAGUUCGUUUUGUAUGUUUGGUAAUACCAUAAGAUGAUUCUUGCAAAGACUAUAUUUUCUUGAUAAACUGAAACAAAAUUUGUUGAACACACAAGAAAAUAUAUUUCUUCAAUUUUUCUUUUGCAGUGUAUUGGGAUGCAGAUAAAUCUUACUUUUAUUUUUACUUAUUUUGCCCAGAACAUGUUCAGUUCAUGUGUCACCUGACUGACUAUCGCAUGCAUGUGUUGGUAUGUUAAAGAGAGCUAAAUUUAGAGCUGAUCUGUUGCUGAUGCAGUAAGCUUCUUAUAGAAAUUAUCUCCCCCAAGUGCUUCACACUGGGUCCAUUAUGUAAUUCUUGUCACACAAUUUAAAAGCUAAGAUUUUGUUUAAGAAUGAGGUUAGGUGUCUAUAAUGUAAUGAUAAAUGAAAUAACUUGAGGAGGGCAGAUACACACAUACAAAAAUAUGUGCAGUAUCAAGUUUUGAAACAGCUGGUUUGUUUGUCAAUAGGCAAAAACAAGACAGAAGUAUAGGAAAAGAAGAAAAGUUGUUUAAAUGGUAGAGGGCAAAGAGUCACCCAAAUGCACAUGCAGAGGUAUAUUCUGCUGGUGCAGACAAUUAAAAUUUUGCAUUAGUUGCUAUUUUCUGUUGCUUCUCAUGUUAGUUUGAAAAUCAAUAAUAAAAAUUUCAGGAACCAGCAUUCUCAGUGGUUGGAAGGUACACUGUUUCUUGCAAAGUUAAACAAGUUUGAGAUCAGUUAAUUAUGAAACUGUUUUCUGAUCCUGAAGCAGCUUCAUUUCAUUAUGUCCCAAAGAUCUGUUGGUAUCCUAUUGUAAAAGUACAAAGACAUAUUUAUAACUUGCCCUACAAAUUGUAAGAUAAUUACUGAUUUUUGUAGCUAUUCAAGUUUUGAUGUUCCCACAUUGCUAAUCAGAGAUCUAGAUUAUUGUUUAUUUUGUUUUGUUUUGUUUUUAUAUAGUUUAAUUUUGUUCCCUGCAAGUAGCUGUUAAAUAAGUAUAAUGUGGUAUGUUGAGUUUAGAAAUGUUUGUAUUCUAAAGUGUUAGAUGUUAGCAAGCAAGGCAUAAAAAAUUACAGAGAUCCUAGUUUAUUUCUUUGUUUCCAUGUGGAGGUAGCUUCUUUUUAUCAGCACCCCAGUUACUGUACAUAAUUUUGGUGAUACUCAUUUUUCCAAAAAGCUAACUGCUUCUGUGUGUGUGAAAAAGUUGAUAGUAUUUGACGUAAAUGUAUAGCACCAAUUCCUUCCUAUUUUUGGAACUUGCGGUGUAUGAGCUGAUUAUUUUAAACUUUGUUAAUACAAAAUUGUCUUCUGUCUUUUAGCUGUUUUAAAUGUUCAAUUUGUGUAUGCAGUGCAUAAUCAAAAAAUGUUGAAAUUAAUCAUUUGGAGAUAUUUGAAGUGGUUUUGCUUAACAGAGGAAGAACAUCAUGUAAUUGAAGUCAGUAUUGAAUCAUUUUAAAGAAGUAAUGACAUUUAUUUAAUGUUACCUGUGUACAUUGUGAUCUGUCAUUUCUACAUUGAUAUGUUAUGAGUUUGUAUUUUGAACAUAUGUAAACCCUAUAAACCGAGUCUUGCUCUUCAUGUAAGUGUUGUCAUUCUUUGAAUAAUAUGAGGUCACAGUAUCAUUUUGUGUCACUAGAAUGUUACAAGAGACUUGAAAAUGUUUGUUUUUUGAUGAUACAAAAUAUGAUGGAAAGUAAUAUCAAACUGUUAAUAUUUUUAAAAGUGGCAUUGUCCCCCUCAUCUACAUUAAAGGAAAUCAAGGGGAGAUGGGGAUAUAGCCAGAUAAAACUAUCAAUGUUGUCAGAGUGGAGGGAGCAAAGAGGAAGCUUUAAUUGCGAGCUGGAGUAGCAGCUACUUUGACUCUUCCGUGGUGACACCGGAGUUAUGGGUAGACUGUCUUUCUGUAAUGAAUAGGAAACACCAGGAAUAAAUGUUUACGUUGUUUUUACCACGAUAUGAUUCAAGUGUGCAAGGCUCCUCAUUAAAAUUAUGUACUUUUCUUUUGUGUGUGUUGUGACUUUGUUGCUGUAAUUUUUGUGUUACAUUUUGAAAUAUUAUAAGAAAAUGCAGCAAUAAAUGUAUUGCACAACAA